CGCAGUCGCUGGCGUUUGCUCCUGUACAACGGAUGUGUAGACGACAAAAGACACAUUCAAAAUGGAAAUAAACCUUCUGUAUGUCGUAGCCGUCGGCACCGUACUAGCCAUCGUCUAUUACUUGCUCACCAAAAACAAAGACUACUUCCACGGGAAACCCAUUCCCUCGUUGGCCGCCAAAUUUCUGCUGGGCAGUACAUGGCCACUGUAUCUAAGGACACUGUCGUUCGGUGACUUCAUCCGGUCCGUCUAUGGAAAGUUCCCAAAUGCCAAAGUCUUCGGAAUGUUCGACCUAACCGCACCGGUGUUUGUCCUCCGGGAUCCGGAGCUAAUCAAAAAGAUCGCGGUGAAAGAUUUCGACCAUUUUGUCGACCAUGUGCCUACCUUCGGUAGCACGGAUCACGAUCACCCGAAUCUGAUCGUGGGUAAAUCACUGUUUGCUCUGACCGGUCAAAAGUGGAAGAACAUGCGAGCAACGUUGAGUCCAGCAUUCACCGGUAGUAAGCUGCGGUUGAUGUUCGAUCUGAUAGUGGAAUGUAGUGAGAAUGCGGUACGGUACUAUAAGGACGAAGCGCGUACCAAAGGUCCGCAGGAGUACGAAAUGAAGAACAUCUUCUCGCGGUUUACCAACGACGUGGUGGCGACGAGUGCAUUCGGGUUACAGGUUGAUUCUUUGAAAAACCCUACCAACGAGUUUUACGUAACCGGGAAAAAGAUGAUGAACUUCUCUCGGUUUAGUGUAUUGCUCAGAAUCCUCGGGUAUCGAUUUAUACCGGAUAUCUUAGGCCGUUUGGGGAUCGAUAUUAUCGAUGCGAAACACAACAGCUACUUCCGAUCACUGAUUCUGACGGCUAUAAAGGAACGGGAAACCAAGGGUAUCGUUCGGCAGGAUAUGGUAAACCUUCUGAUUCAGGCGAAGAAAGGCAUACUUAAGCAUAAAAAACAGAAAGAAGAAGACGGUGGGUUUGCUGCCGUGCAAGAAUCGGACGUUGGUAAAGGUCAAAGUUUGGCAACACUGACGGAUACUGAAAUGGUUGCUCAAUGUUUGAUCUUUUUCCUAGCUGGGUUCGAUACCGUGUCGACGUGUUUGCUUUUCACAACGUACGAACUGGCGGUAAAUCCAGACAUACAACAAAAACUGUACGAAGAAAUCGUGGCUACGAACUCCUCACUGGACGGAGGAUCACUGACUUAUGAUGCCAUGCAUAAAAUGAAAUAUUUGGAUAUGGUCGUAUCGGAGUCUCUUCGAAUGUGGCCACCUGCUCCGGCACUCGAUAGAAUUUGUGUAAAGGACUAUCUGCUGGAUUGUGGCGAUGGUCUCAAGUUUACCAUCGACAAGGGAACCAUCGUUUGGAUACCGGUUCAGGCAUUACACUACGAUCCAAAGUACUACCCGAAUCCGGAAGUGUUCGAUCCGGAGCGGUUCGGUGAUGAACAAAAGGAUAACAUUAGCACGGAAACAUAUGCACCGUUUGGAAUCGGCCCAAGGAACUGUAUUGGAUCUAGGUUUGCACUUGCCGAGGUCAAAACUAUUCUGUACUAUUUGUUGCUUAAUUUUUCGCUGGAAAAGACUAGCCGAACGGAGGUGCCGCUCAAAAUUAUUAAGGGAUUCGGGGAUGUUAUUCCGGAGAAUGGCGUGCAUUUGGAGUUUAGACCGAGAAAUUAAGAAUUAUGAGGUUAGAUAUGUAUAAUUUAGGAAAAUAGAUAAGCAAUCAAAUAUUAUGAAUAAAGACUGUAAUCGAUAAGAUACUCAUA